AUGGCUCCAAUGACUUCAGCAGAACGUCAAAGAAAAUAUCGAGAAAAAUUAAAACUAGAAAAUCCUGAAAAACUAGAACUGUUAAAAAAAGAAAACGCUGCUAGAACCAAACAGAAUUAUAAAAAAAUUACCCAAUUAUCUGAAACUUUGAAAAAAGAACAACGAAAAAAAUGGCGGCAUCAAAAACAAAAAAUGAAAGAGGAACCAAAUAUUGAGCAAAAAGAUCAAAAAGACAAACGCCAGGUUCGGUACCUAUUAGCAAAAGAAAAUUUUAAAUUAAGAGCUAAUAUUGAACAAAUGACUAGAAUGUUAAGAACCCAAAGAAAAACUAUAUAUCGAUGCAAGAGAAAGAUGCAAAACUUAGAACAAUCCUUAGAUACCUUAAAAAAGAAAUUUGAAGAAAACCAAACCGUAGAUAAAAAUACAGUCAUUGAAAAUAAAGAAUUGACCACACCAUUCUCAAAAACAGAGAGAUUCAUACAAGAAAAUGUUCCAUAUAUUCCUAGUCCUGAAAAAGAAAAAGUAAAAAAAGCAAUAUUCGAAGGGUACGUCUUGAAAGAGUCAUUAUUAACUCAAUAUUCCAAAGCUGAAUCCCAAACUGAAAAAGAUGUUUUAAAGAAUCUGGUAAACAAUGAUGUUGUAACGAAAUACAAGAUGAAGACUAAAUUGGGCUACUCUUGCCUAGGGCUGAAAGGUAGAUUAAGAGCAAAACAAAGAACACUUGAAAAGAUAAAGAUAAAUAGAAUGAAAGAGAUACAAUUAUUUUUAGAAAGAGACGAUAACAGCAGGAAAAAGAGAAACUAA